UUACACCGCCUGAAUAAAAACCCAAAACCUCACCCAAGAAGUAUCGAUCGGUAUUGCAGUAAAGUUCCUACACAUUGUUUUCUUUACAGAAAUCACUCAGUGUUUAUCCAUACAGUGUCUUAGAGUUGUGUGGGGAAUUUUGUUCGUGUAGUUGUAAUUACGUUGCGUCUACGUGUUCUGAGAUCUUCAGGCGCCUCCACAGCUGCUCACACAAUUCUGCCAGAUCGGCACCGAGUGACAACCUUCAUUCUGACAGCUUGAUUCUGCAGGUGAAAUGAUCCACAGUCUGUUCCUCAUUAAUCUGUCGGGAGACAUCUUCCUGGAGAAACACUGGAAGAGUGUCGUGGGUCGGAGCGUGUUGGAUUAUUUCUUCGAGGCUAAAGAGAAGGCGGUGAACCCGGAGGACGUGGCCCCGGUCCUGCAGACCCCACACCAUUAUUUGAUCAGCAUCUACAGAGGCAAAAUCUUCUUCCUCGCUGUCAUUCAGACAGAGGUCCCUCCACUUUUUGUCAUUGAGUUCCUGCACAGAGUAGCAGACACGUUUCAGGACUACUUUGGAGAAUGCUCAGAAAAUGUUAUCAAAGACAAUUUAGUGAUAGUGUACGAGCUGCUGGAGGAGAUGCUGGACAAUGGGUUUCCUCUAGCCACAGAGUCCAAUGUCCUCAAAGAGAUGAUCCGGCCUCCAACCAUCCUGAGAUCUGUUGUCAAUACACUCACAGGAGGAACUAAUGUUGGAGAUAUGCUGCCAACAGGUCAACUGUCCAACAUUCCGUGGAGGCGCGCUGGAGUUAAAUACACAAAUAACGAGGCAUAUUUUGAUGUGAUUGAAGAAAUUGAUGCCAUCCUGGACAAAUCGGGUACAACAGUAUUUGCAGAGAUUCAAGGUGUAAUAGAAGCCUGUGUGAAGCUCACUGGGAUGCCUGACUUGACUCUGUCUUUCAUGAAUCCCCGUCUUCUUGACGACGUGAGUUUCCACCCAUGUGUGCGGUUUAAGCGCUGGGAGUCUGAGCGUGUCCUCUCUUUCAUUCCACCAGAUGGAAACUUUACUCUAAUGACCUAUCAUGUCAGCUCUCAAAAUCUUGUUGCCAUUCCAAUAUACGUUAAGCAGAACAUCAGUUUCUUUGAGACCGGGUCUUGUGGUCGUUUGGACAUUACAAUUGGACCUAAACAGACCAUGGGGAAGACUGUGGAGGGUUUAAUGGUCACUGUGCCCAUGCCUAAAGCUGUGCUUAGUGUCAACCUCACAGCCUCACAGGGAAACUUCACCUAUGACUUGGCUACUAAGGUGCUGGUUUGGGACAUUGGGAAGUUGAAUCCCCAGAAGCUUCCUAAUCUGAAAGGGAGUCUAAGUGUGCAGGCAGGAGCCCCUAAACCAGAGGAGAACCCUGCACUCAAUAUCAACCUGAAGAUACAGCAAGUGGCCAUCUCUGGUCUCAAAGUGAAUCGUCUCGACAUGUACGGAGAAAAGUACAAGCCAUUUAAAGGGGUCAAAUAUGUGACCAAAGCAGGAAAAUUUCAAGUGCGGACCUAAAGUUAGGACUGCUGUGGGACCAAAGGUCAAAAAAAAAAAAACCAAAACACUGUGCCAUAGUAGCAAGGUCAAGGCACUGCUGAAUCACCUCCAAUCAGUCAUCUAUAUUCUCCUGCUCAUGCUCAAAUGCCUCAUUUUGCAUUUUAACAUAUAACAAUGAUGUAUGUUUUUAUGCUUGUAACAUAAAUGUGUAUGGGUUAUUGGCCUGUUAAGGAAUGCCUUAAUUAUCACUGAGACAUUAUUGAAGUAUUAUUAGUCUAAAUCUAUUGGAUUGUUUUCAUUGUUCUUUUUUUAUUUCAAUCAUUUUUUUAAAAACAUUUUUUAUCUCCUUAUUUUUGGCCUAAAACCUUGCCUGUUAAAGAAUAUUUCACAACUAGCAUUAGAUUCACGCAUGUUGCCUUACAGUGAAGAUCCAAGCCAAUGUAUACUAGAUCACAAAAUCUUUAUUUUAUAAAUAUCAAAGAUGCUAACUGCCUUCUAAGUAGCUGCAGCGUGCCUUCAGGCACCAGGUAGAGUGCAGGUAUUUUUGCACACUUUCACUCUUCAGCGUGGCCUUGUUGUCCGUUUAAGUGCUUUAUCAGGCUCGUGUUGCAGCACAGACUGUACCGUCUGAGGCCCAAGGGAUGCACCGCACACCCUCAGAUAUAUAUAUCUAGACAGAUAUAUAUAUCUUCUACCUAAGGUACAUUCUCUGACUUUGAAAGUACAAAAACCUCCAGGGCUGAGGAAGAACUGAAAUGCUCACACUAGGGGUGCCCAUGCCUUCAUGAUAUACCUAAAAUACAAUUUUAAAGUAGAUAAUUGUAAAAAAGAAAAAAAUCUUUGAAUACAUAUUUAAAUAUAUAUUUACUCAAAUAAAAAAAAAAUAUAUACAAUGUUGUUAAUUGUUGGGAUCAUUGGGAUGCUCAGAUUAAAUACAUGUAGCUGUAUGGCCCAAUAUGAGUCAAUACCUGUAUUGAGCACCCCCAGGUUCACACAAUUUUCAAGGAAUCAGCACAGCAUCGCAUCAGUUGUCCAUGUGGAAAAAACUACUUAACGCUCUUGUAUGAAGUUGAAUUUAUAUUUUUGGUGUACUGUAUAAAAUGCUAUUAAAGCUGAAAGUUGUGUAUUUUUAUCAUUGAAA